CCGCCUCCACGCCGAGGCGAAGAGGUUCUAUCCGGGGCCUUGGCGCUUCUCUUUCCUUUCGCGCCGGUUGCCGCUGCGGAGCGCGGCUUGUCCAUGUGCGCAGUGAGUGGCGCUAUUACUGGCCCAGUAGCACCAGAGCCCCGGGUUUGACCGAGUCUGCGCUGCGAUGGACCCCAACACCAUUAUCGAGGCCCUGCGGGGCACUAUGGAUCCAGCCCUGCGUGAGGCCGCGGAGCGCCAGCUCAAUGAAGCACACAAGUCUCUGAAUUUUGUCUCAACACUGCUCCAGAUUACUAUGUCAGAACAGCUGGAUUUACCUGUGAGACAGGCAGGUGUUAUCUAUUUGAAAAAUAUGAUAACACAGUAUUGGCCUGAUCGAGAAACAGCACCAGGGGAAAUAUCCCCUUAUACUAUUCCAGAAGAAGAUCGCCACUGUAUUCGAGAAAAUAUUGUAGAAGCCAUUAUCCAUUCUCCUGAGCUCAUCAGGGUACAGCUUACUACGUGCAUUCAUCACAUUAUCAAACAUGAUUAUCCAAGCCGCUGGACUGCCAUUGUGGACAAAAUUGGCUUUUAUCUUCAGUCCGAUAACAGUGCUUGUUGGCUAGGAAUUCUUCUUUGCCUUUAUCAGCUUGUGAAAAAUUAUGAGUAUAAAAAGCCAGAGGAGCGGAGUCCAUUGGUAGCAGCAAUGCAGCAUUUUCUGCCAGUUCUAAAGGAUCGUUUUAUCCAGCUUCUUUCUGACCAGUCUGAUCAGUCUGUCCUCAUCCAGAAACAAAUAUUCAAGAUCUUCUAUGCUCUUGUUCAGUAUACACUACCACUGGAACUGAUAAAUCAACAGAACCUGACAGAAUGGAUAGAAAUUUUAAAGACUGUUGUGAACAGGGAUGUACCUAAUGUAAGUUUCUUUUUGAUUGAAAAUUUUUUUUCCAAGGUUUUAUUGAAGGUGUUGUAUCAGUACAAGGAGAAGCAAUAUAUGGCUCCUCGAGUUUUACAACAGACAUUAAAUUAUAUUAAUCAAGGAGUUUCUCAUGCUCUCACCUGGAAGAAUCUGAAGCCCCAUAUACAAGGUAUUAUCCAAGACGUUAUUUUUCCAUUGAUGUGCUAUACAGAUGCCGAUGAAGAACUUUGGCAAGAAGACCCUUACGAAUAUAUACGCAUGAAGUUUGAUGUGUUUGAAGAUUUCAUUUCUCCUACCACUGCCGCCCAGACACUUUUGUUUACAGCCUGUAGUAAGAGGAAAGAGGUACUGCAAAAGACUAUGGGAUUUUGUUACCAGAUUCUUACAGAACCAAAUGCUGACCCUCGAAAAAAAGAUGGAGCCCUGCAUAUGAUUGGCUCUUUAGCUGAAAUACUUCUGAAGAAAAAGAUCUAUAAAGAUCAGAUGGAAUACAUGUUGCAGAAUCAUGUAUUCCCUCUCUUCAGCAGUGAACUAGGCUACAUGAGAGCAAGGGCUUGCUGGGUGCUUCACUAUUUUUGUGAAGUGAAGUUCAAAAGUGAUCAGAACCUUCAAACGGCCUUAGAGCUAACAAGAAGAUGUCUAAUUGAUGAUAGAGAAAUGCCUGUGAAAGUGGAAGCUGCCAUUGCCCUUCAAGUAUUGAUCAGCAAUCAAGAAAAAGCUAAAGAAUAUAUCACACCAUUCAUCAGACCUGUAAUGCAGGCUCUUCUUCAUAUUAUAAGAGAAACAGAAAAUGAUGACCUUACCAAUGUAAUUCAGAAAAUGAUCUGUGAAUAUAGUGAAGAAGUUACUCCUAUUGCCGUGGAAAUGACACAACAUUUGGCAAUGACAUUUAACCAAGUAAUCCAGACGGGGCCAGAUGAAGAAGGUAGUGAUGACAAAGCAGUUACUGCUAUGGGAAUUCUGAAUACAAUUGACACACUUCUUAGUGUAGUUGAAGAUCAUAAAGAGAUAACCCAACAGCUUGAGGGAAUCUGCUUACAAGUCAUUGGUACUGUUUUACAACAGCAUGUCUUAGAAUUCUAUGAGGAGAUCUUCUCUUUAGCACAUAGUUUGACAUGUCAACAAGUGUCUCCACAGAUGUGGCAGCUACUACCCCUUGUAUUUGAAGUCUUUCAGCAAGAUGGCUUUGAUUACUUUACAGAUAUGAUGCCCCUCCUUCAUAAUUAUGUAACAGUUGAUACAGACACACUUCUGUCUGAUACCAAGUAUCUUGAAAUGAUAUACAGUAUGUGCAAAAAGGUUCUUACAGGAGUUGCAGGAGAAGAUGCAGAAUGUCAUGCAGCAAAAUUGUUAGAGGUCAUCAUUCUGCAGUGCAAAGGGCGUGGCAUUGACCAGUGCAUUCCCUUAUUCGUGGAAGCAGCCUUAGAAAGACUGACAAGAGAGGUUAAGACAAGUGAACUUCGAACUAUGUGUCUGCAAGUUGCAAUUGCAGCUUUGUAUUAUAAUCCACACCUACUACUCAAUACCUUAGAAAAUCUUCGCUUUCCUAAUAAUGUUGAACCAGUUACAAAUCAUUUUAUUACACAGUGGCUUAAUGAUGUUGACUGUUUCUUAGGGCUUCAUGACAGAAAGAUGUGUGUUCUUGGACUUUGUGCUCUUAUUGAUAUGGAACAGAUACCCCAAGUUUUAAAUCAGGUUUCUGGACAGAUUUUGCCAGCUUUUAUCCUUUUAUUUAAUGGAUUAAAAAGAGCAUAUGCCUGCCAUGCAGAACACGAGAAUGACAGUGAUGAUGAUGAUGAAGCUGAAGACGAUGAUGAAACUGGUAAAAUUGCAAAGCUGCCCUUCUAUGGAAAGACAAUAGAUAUGUUGAAGAAAACUAUUCAAAAUCGUAAUCCUGUGUGGUAUCAGGCUCUGACUCACGGUCUUAAUGAAGAACAAAGAAAACAGUUACAAGACAUAGCAACUCUGGCCGAUCAAAGAAGAGCAGCCCAUGAAUCCAAAAUGAUUGAGAAGCAUGGAGGAUACAAAUUCAGUGCUCCAGUUGUGCCAAGUUCAUUCAAUUUUGGAGGCCCAGCACCAGGGAUGAAUUGAGUUAUCUCUUUCUUUCCGGCUGUGUGAUUGUAGUGAAGAGCUUGUGUUCCUCCUAGUAGUGGUUCCAGAACUGGUUCAUGUUAUCUAUUCUAAACUAAUGAUCAAUAGAUGGACAGAAAAAGCCAACAACCCCAGGAGAUGGGACCUGAUCAUGCAACCUGGCACUGGAAAGGAAACCAGCGGGAUUUUGUGGGUGGGAGGGGAUGGGAAGUACCUUAGGGGGCGUAUUUUCUUUAUUUUUUGAAGAAAGUAAGAUCCUGACUCUGAAGCUUCAAAGUGACACUGUGGAAAUCUGAAACAAGAGGGGAGGUCAUGAAGGCAGCUUUUCUUUUUCUGAGGAAAAAAUAGGCAUGGGCUACAGGACUAUUUAAAAUGUCUCAUUUACAGUAUAAAGCUCAAAGGUUGAUGUAAUUUUUGCACCUAUGAGUAUUUGUCCAAUUUCUGUCUCUUCCUCACCAUUGGGUAUCUAUUCUUUAUAUGUAAAUAAGAUAAGGUAAUCUGAUAGCCUUAUUCAAUUCUUCAUUUUUCAUUCAUCAUUGUUCCUAUGUAGAUUAUUGGACAUUUAUUGUAGCACUACAUAACUGAUUAUAAAAAUCUGUAAAUGAAUUAGCACUUUCAUAUUGAAACAAGCCUGCUAGCCUAUGUAUAAAAUAGCAAAAUGUUUGCUGUUUAUAAAAAGAUGUAAUGGGGUGGGGGGCAAGGGUAAUUUCAAGUUAUUAAUUUAAAAAUGAACUAGCAAUUUUGUACCUGGUGACUUUGUGGUGCACUCACCUCUGAUAGUGACUUGAAUUCGGUAUGUAAAAAGGGGUUAGUGGUAUUUCAUUGCUGCUAAAAAUGACAACUCCCUCUGUGUCCUGUUUUUCUUAAAGCUGUCAGUGUACCAGUGGGUAUUUGAAUACCAAACCUUACUGUAAAAAAUAAGAAAGGUGGCAUCUAGAGCAUGUAAAUUGGAUAUAAAGUUCUACUCUUAAAGAGUUGAUCUAAGAAUAUGGCUAAACAUCUAUAUAUGCAAUCUAUUAAAAGAGCUUAAUUCGGCUAUUAUGUCUUGAUUUGAUUGCAGUUUUUUCCUAAUUAUAACAAUUUUUUCCUCACUGGCCUAUUUUUAAUACUGUACCUAGAAAGAGUACAAAAUGCACACUUUAAAAAAAAUUGAUAUUUAACACUUACCCACUCCCCCUUCCCCUCUUGUUGAUUGUGGUAUCUGAUCUUAACUAGGUAGGCUGAACGCACAUGGUUCCCUCCAAAAACCACUAUUGAUACCACUGGAAAAACAAGCCAGCAAAAAGACAGUGUAGAGAGGUUGGCUUGCUUCCCUCUCUUCCUAACUGCAUGUUGAAAAAUAAGCCUUUAUUGAUCUUAAACAUUUGUCAGAUGAGUCAUACAUUGGGUUAUUUUUUUAUAUACAUGUAUACACAAAAUGUUUCAAAUUGAAAAGCAACAUCUUAAUGGAUCCAAAACUAUUACAAGCUGUUGUCUAAAACAGAUGAGAAAAUUUAUAACUGUAAAAACAAAUGCACAUACUGAUAUUUAAAAUGCAUAAUUAAGAAAACCCAUUGGUGUUAUGUUUUUCUUGUAUACCAAUAAUUAAGCCACUAUUGUUGGCACUGUUUGGUUUUCUAUUUUAACACUGAAGGAGUGAAAGUACUUCCUGUAUUUAUGAAUUUACUACUAAAAUCUUGGCAAAAAAAAGAAAAAAAUUAACUAAAAUGUGUGGGUGAAAACUGUUAAUCAAGUGUGUUUCUGCUCUCCCCCACCCCACCCCCUGAAAGUUAGACACCGGCUGUAUACCCUAGGUUGCUUAAGGCGAUCUCACUAUUAUAUAAAGUCAAUAAAAAUGAAGUAGUUGUAUAUAUGCAACAUUGUGUACAGAGGGGAGAUAAUGAAUAUUAAAGAAACAUUCUCGUCUUCCUUUACCUUUUGUCCCCUAAUACUUAGUCUACUUUUUAAAUUUUCAGACUUCACUGCUUUUUGAAUUCAUAAUUCUAAUUUUCACAUUAUUGUUAAUGAAAAAUCAUAUCUAAUAAAGGUUUUAGUUAUUCCCAUG